AUGACAACGGAUGUGGUUCACUUGAGGUUAAACAAAUAUGAAUGGAUUGAGAAUACGCUUGUAAAGGGUACUACACCUUUGCAGUCUAAUGACCUUGUUAAGGAGGUACUUAGCGGUGCUAUUUCAUGCUCUGAGAAAAAGGUUUAUCUUUGUGGUGGGUACGAUCCUCGAUCUGCUUGUUCUCUUUCACAAGUGGCUGAAUUUGAUUUUGCUACGAAACAAUGGUCAAAAGGUAUACCAUUACCUGAAAAAGUACGAGAUGCAGCAGCUAUUGCAUUUGGUGAUUAUUGUCUUGUUUUUGGAGGAUGGAAUGAUACGUCUUACUGCAAUAAUCUCUGGUUAUUUGGUCCCAAAAAUCAAGAUGCCUCUAUAGCUAAUAGUAAGGAGAGUGUUAGUUUCUCAUGGACGCUUGUGCGACCCAGUGACGUAUCCCCUUGUGCGCGUGUAUGCCAUUCUAUGGUAUUGGGUACGAUGGGUGGUGAAGAUGAAACUUCUCCGCAACCGGUGGUGUAUCUCUUUGGUGGCUUUGAUGGGGAACGUCGUUUGAAUGAUGUGUGGCGACUGCGACUUGAUCCUGUGCUGUCUGGUGGGAGUGCCGCUUGGGAGUUGGUGGAGGCGAAGAGCGGGACGCCGCCGUCGCCGCGUGACGAUGCGGCCGUUGCCUUUGACGCUGCGGGGGAGCGGCUGUUGGUGUUUGGCGGCUUCGCCUCGUCGCUGCGGAGUGAUCUGCACGUCUUGUCGCUGCGGGGCGGGGCGAACGGGUGGACGUGCGAGGCGUGCGUGGGGGUGCCGUCGCGGCGGCAGCGGUGCGUGGCGGCGGUGACCGGCGGUCAUCUCGUCGUGUGCCUCGGCGAGGACGAGCGGGGGGCGGUGGGGCAACUCCUGCAGGUCACCCUCACCGACCGGCGGUGGGCCCGACUCGCCCUCGAGCGCGACGAUCUCGCCGGUCGGCGGGGGGCCGUCGGGUGCGUCAGUGAGAAAGGCCGUCGCGUUGUGCUCUUUGGCGGCGGUGACCCACUGCACCAACACACCUCUCUUCUCGAACUCGAACUGGAUAAGGGAGAGGCAAGCACUGCACGGAAGCGAUAA